AAAAGGCCAUUAAUCAGCUAUGGACAAUUAAAUCUUUGCUGACCAGAGUUGUAUUACAAUGACUAAGGAGGUGACUGCAUGGUCCUGGAAACUCUAGUGAUAUUUUAUAUAAAUGACAGGACAUGGAUACUGGGUUACAUUUUAAACUGAUUGGUGUUUAACCUCAAGAGAAAUAAUAGUUGAUUAAAAAAUGAUUGGUGAAAUAGUGCCCUGAGAUAUAUGUUUUAAAACAAUUUCUUUACUUGGUAACUUUGAUCAUUGAAUCUACAUUGCAUUUUACAUCAUCAAUGGAGCAAAAAUAUUCAGUAUACAUUGUUGGAUGUAAGGAACAGAAUUCACUCAUCUGAAUAAUUGUCAAUAAUUGGACAACAUUCUGUUGUGCACUUUUACAUAAGAUUAACAAUACUUAUAUGCAUAACUAGACAAAUGACAUAUAUAUACAUGUGCCUGGAGGAAUUUAAAAUUCAAGGACUGAAAAUCUUGAGUUAUUUAUGUUCAGUUGUGAAGAAUUAGGAUCGGAAUAUAAAAUAAAAAACAAAGCAUCCUUUGCAUUGGAGCAGAUGUUAGUUUUUUCUAUCAAAUACUGAAAAUAGGAAUGGACACAUCACUUAGAUUAGCAAUGAAAAAAAUGGAUCAUUUUAAAAUACAGCUGUUUUGACAACUAGAAACCAGUAGUUUUGUGUGUCUUCCAACUGUAGGAUUGAAAUAUAAAUAAGUGAAAUACUAUCCAUAGUUUAAACAACUUGUAAUAUACAAAUAGACGGUUUUGUGUAUCAUAUAUAAAGUUUACAAUAGAUUCAUUUCAUGCUGGCUAUCUGAACACUUGUUUAACAGGAGACUUUAAUGCUUUAAGGACGAGAUCACAAAGUGUGUUUAUGAAAUACUUUGGGCACAUCUCCAAGAAGUUGUCAUUGAAUGUGAUCAGUUUUUGAGGUUGAAUGGAUGAUGAUCAAAAUAUCAACCUAUUGAUUUGAUUUCUGCGAUUUUUGUUGUGUACGUAAAGCAAAUACUGGAAUUGACCCAGUAUGGAAAUCUCCCUGAAGCUCCAAUGAUAAAGUAAAUGUUGAAACUAGUCGAUACUUUAAGUUUAAAUUACCAAAGGGGCUAAUAAAUAAUACAAGGUGAAAGUCAUUUUGAUAUUGAAAUUAAGAAUUAAAACUGGACUUAUGUUAGGUGACUUUAAUUCUUAAAAAAGGUGAAUACGAUGCAUACAACCGUUUGAAUGGGAAAAAUUCUUUAAAGGAAGUUAACGGCAAGAUGUCAUGUAGAGAGAAAAUGUGUCAACAUAAAAUCCAUGUAUUUGGCAAGGAUUAUGAAAAUAUUGAAUUAACUGUAAUUAGCAUGUGACUUUCUGAAAUCAUAACUGCUUUGUUUGUAAACCAGUUAAUCAGAUUUGAAUUAGAAUGUUUGUUUUAUUUUUGGAGCCUUAAGGAUUAAUAUGUGGCUAAAGUAUUAAAGGAAAAUCAGCUGGACAUUUUACUACCUCAGAAAAUUUAUAUUUGGUGCUAAAGAUGUUAACAUGUUCUGUCGCUCUUUGGAUCUUAGGUUUAGAAUCUCGUAACUUUAGUGGCGUGGAUAUAUGAAACAAUGUAAUUUAGUUGUUGUUUACCUCAGACAGUGGAUUACGUGAUGAGCUCUAACUUUGAUCAGGGAUUACAUCACUUGGACGUGCCAAAUAAGGAUGUUGAAGAGGAAUUGUGGUCCUCUCCGUUAAUGCAUUAUACCUCACCCUUUGAUGAUUAUAAGGAAUUAUUUGAUGAUAUUGAAAAUGACCAAGUUUUCAAAUUCCCAGAUGUCUCUAAUGGACCAAUGAAGGACUUGACUCCAAGUCGUGCAGGCGGUGAUGAUGAAACUGAUUUUGCUCGUCCAACUUCCACAAAAGUUCUCACAGCCAAGAGAGUGCAGCCAUCAUCGAAUACUACAUCAAAGAGAAGUGUUCUGCCAUCAAAAUCAUCAUCAGGGAGCUCACUCCAACGUCGUCGGUCUAUUUCUGGGCCAGUGUCAUCAGCAGCCAGUUCAGGAGCUGUGGAUGAGGAAUUUUUCAUUAAGUCAUUUGAAGAUGUCCCUAAAGUGCAGAUAUUUUCUGCACGAGACAUGACAGAUGUAUUGACAAAAGCCAAAGACAUAUUGUCGGAUGAGAAGAAAGAUUGGGAGAAAAGAAAUGAAGCUAUUAAAACUGUUCGAUCUGUGAUAGUACAAGGAGGGCAGCAACAGGAUGAGUUUUUUCAUUUAUUAAGGAGUAUGGAACCAUGUUUUUCCAUUUGUAUCCGGGACCUUCGAUCUCAGAUUGUUAGAGAAGCCUGUAUUACUAUAGCAUAUAUGUCUCAGGUGUUAGGAAGCAAGUUUGAUCACUUUGCAGAAUCUCAGAUGAGUCAUCUCAUCAAUUUGAUACCAAAUAGUGCUAAAAUUAUGGCCACAUCUGGAAUAGUCUGUAUACGUUUUAUAUUACAAUACACACAUUCCCAUAGAUUGUUGCCAAUCAUCACUUCAGUGUUAACAUCAAAAUCCGCUACAAUAAGACGACAAGUUUGUGAAUUUAUAAAUCAAAUUUUACACACUUGGCCAACACAUGUUUUAGAAAAACAGAUUGCUAAUCUACAGGAUGCUUUAAAGAGAGGUAUCAAUGAUGCAGACACUGAUGCCAGGGCAUUCUCUAGAAAAGCAUUUUGGGGAUUUGCUGACCAUUUCAAAGAUCAAGCAGAUGCCUUAUUGAAUGCCUUAGAACCCUCCAAACAAAAACAGGUUAAAGGUGAACUGAGUGGAUCAUCUAGUAAUAAUUCAUUAAAUAGUGCGGAAGGAUUGAUAUCACGGCCGCGAUCAGCUAGUACAGAUAGAGGCUUUGAUUCCAGUACUUUAGGAAGGAUUGGAAAGAAGAAACACAAGUUCAGUUCUGCAAGUAGUGAUACAGGUGGUGCAGAUUUGGAUGUUGAAGGCGAUGCCCACAAGCAAGACUUAGACAAACCUCUUUACGAUUUAUAUGGCCGUAGAAUUGGACGUUCAAAUAGUGCCGCAGACAUAACCAAUCCCUAUGCCACAGCACCCAGAAACCGUCGAAAUCAGACAUCUGGGAGAACAACACCAGUGUCAUUUUCUGGUCGUAUGACACCAACUUCACAAAUCUCUGGACGUAUGACACCAACAUCAUCGAUUUCCGGACGCAUGACGCCGACAUCGUCCGUAACUGGAAGGACAACUCCUGUUCAUCUUUCUCAUAACUCGGGAUCAUCAUAUAACUCAACGUAUAACUCACUGCCGAGACAGAAAAGUAGUACCAGUCAUUCAACCUCCAGUCGACGACCGAGGACUUCAGGCGCAUCACAAUCUCAACCCAACAGUAGAUCAAAUUCUCCCAAUUCUCGACUUGGUUAUGUCUCGCAUACAAGAAAAGACAAAACUCCAGCCAAACCACGGCGAUCUGGAAUGGUCAGAAGUCAAGGUGCUAGUCGGGAAGGUAGUCCUAAUAGAUAUGGACGUUCUGGCAGGGAACGACGACUUAGUGGAAGUAAAAUCCCCUCAUCUGGUGGCAAGGCCAAAGUGGUUGCACAUCGUGUGUUACGCCAUGGCUCUGAUGUGGAGGAUGCAUUGGCAGAUGCCUUAGUACGUGGAGGUCGAUCAAGAUAUGAUACGUAUGAUUCAGAUGACGCUGCCAGUGAAAAUUCUAGUGUGUGUUCCGAAAGGUCUUUUGCUUCUCUUGGCAAAACAUCCGAGGCAUCAUCGGAAUUUGAAAAAUGGUACUAUCGACUCCCCACGCCUACGCAGGACACCGCAGAAAUAAUUUCUCUCUUAGGAAGCACUUCAUCAGCAGACAGAAAAGAAGGACUCAUAGCUCUUCAGAAUUUAUUACGAUUAAAUCGUUAUUUAACGCGGGUAGAAUUACGGAAAGUUAUGGAAAUUUUUACAAGAAUGUUUCAUGACCCAGCUAGUAAAGUUUUAAGUUUAUUUUUUGAUACAUUAGUUGACCUAGUGAUUGUACAUAAUAGGGACUUACACGAUCAUUUGUAUUUGGUAUUAACUAAACUGAUUGUGAAAACUGGUGCCGACAUGUUGGGAUCUCAGCAGGCUAAAGUACAGAAAUGUUUAGACACUAUUAGGGACAAUUUUCCAUAUAAUAUGCAGUUUAAUGUGGUAACAAAGUUUAUUAUAGACCAGACACAGUCACAUAGUUUGAAGGUAAAGUCAAGUUUAUUAAACUUUCUGCACUGUUUGGUUCAAGUUAUGGAUGUCUCCGAUUUAAUGAAUUCCGCAGACUCUCGACUAGCAAUCUCACGGAUAAUAAAUUGGACAACUGAGCCAAAAAGUGUAGAAGUUAGAAAGGGUGCUCAAAUGGUAUUAAUAGCAUUAUUUAACUUAAAUCCGCCAGAGUUUUCCAUGAUGUUAUCAUACCUUCCUAAAGCAUUCCAAGAUGGUGCAACGAAAAUUUUACAUAAUCACAUUCGUAGCGCUAGUCAUGAAAGUGAUGUGUUGUCUCCUCGAAAUGUGACCAGUCCCCCUCAAAACAGGAGUAGACCUCCAUCGCGGACGGAGCAUCCUGAUGAGCUGGAAACAGAAAAUAUGAACCCAGAAGACAUAUAUAAUUCUAUCAAAAAGACUUCUGCCGAUAUUCAGAAUUUAAGUAUAAAUAGUAAAUUGGACAGUUAUGAAAAUGUUAAGAAAAAGAUAGACUUUACUUCACAAGAUAGUGGAAUUCAGGAUUUACGGAAUGACAGUCCCGAUGCUGUGGAUGGGAGGAAAACACAUUAUAAUCCAUCUCACUAUCAAGACGAGGGAAUAUUAAAUGGUUUGAAUAGGUCAAGGUUAGCAGAUCCAGACUUUGACGAAGGAGAAUCAUUUAAUGAAGAACCAUGGAAAGCAUUGUUAGGAAUAUCUCAGUAUGAAGACGAUUUUUCAGAAAAUGAUAUUAUAUCUGAAAUUCUUAAAGAAUUAUCUAAUCACAAUGAAAGAAAUGAAGAGAGAGAAGAAGCAAUGAAACAGUUAAUCAAAUUAACCAGAGAAGGAUCAUUUGGACUGUGGGAUGAACACUUUAAAACAAUAUUGUUGAUAUUACUAGAAACUCUGGGUGAUAAUGAUGUACAAAUUAGAGCAUUGGCCUUAAAAUGUCUGCGAGAAAUAUUGCGACAUCAACCAAGGCGGUUCUGUGACUAUGCUGAAUUAACUACCCUGAGGAUAUUAGAGGCACAUAAAGAUCCGGAUUGGAGGGUACAAAAGGCAGCUGACGAGUGUGCUGAGACUCUAGCUAAUUAUAUACCACCUGAUCAAUGUAUCAGAAUCCUAACUCCUAUUGUCCAAUCAGCAUCACAUCCUAUAAAUUUAGGUGCCAUCAAAAUGCAGACUAAAGCUGUAGAGAGAAUGCCUAAUGAUGCCCUUGAAGGCAAACUUACUGACAUCAUUCCUGGUUUAGUAAAGGCCUAUGAUGAUCAAGUUAGUACCGUCAGAAAGUCUGCUGUAUUCUGUUUAGUAGCAAUUCAUACUAAAGUUGGAGACACAAUAUGGAACUACCUUACCAAACUCAAUUAUAGUAAAGUAAAAUUAUUGAACUUAUACAUCAAGAGAAAUCAACAAAAGGAAACUGAGAAGAAAGUGGGAGGGAUCUGAAACUGAUCAAACAACAUUUUAGAAUAUAUGUAAACAUUUCCAUCAGUUUCAUUAUAAUUCAAAUAAUUGUGAUCAAACUUCCAAGCCUUUCCAUAACCUCAGAUGUGUACUGCAUUUUAAUUGGACAGCUUAGCCAUGUGAUUUUGAUGGAUUUUGUUGCCAUUUAUAAAGCUAUUUGAUUGGAUAGAAGUUGCUCACAUGAUUUGUCUGUGAUUUUUGAUGGGUUGAUGGAUCAGCUGUAAAUUAGAGGUCUGAUUGGUUAAAAUUUUAUGUUUAACCACGAACAAAUAAACAGAUUAUGUAUUUAUUAUAUCUUUCACUUGUAUCUGAUGCUAGUCCAGUGUGUUUUUAUUAAGAUAAUUUAUGGGUUCUGUUAGAUAUUAGUGACAGAUAUUAUUUAAUAACUUCACAGUGACUUUCAUGUUGUUUGAAAGAAUAUACUCUCAGUAUUUAUUAUUAUAUAUAACAUAGUUCAGUCUCUCUUUAUAAUCAUAGGAAAACAAAGUAAACAUAUUAAUUAAACAAAACAUAGCAAAAUAUAUGAAUUAUGGUACUAUAUCUUGAAAUAUCAUAUGAGAUUUUAAGUCACUACUUAUAAAUUAUCUUCAUCUUACAAGAAUUUUUGAAUUUUCUAUGGAAAUAGUAUCUUGUAACUUCUUAUUUUAAUAGAUCCUUUCCGAGUUUAUUUAUUUACAAUAUACUCAGCUCAUUUAUUUACAACCUUCUCAGCUCAGAUUGACUUUCAUUAAAUAAAAACUUACCUGUUAAACACUUAAUUCCAUUACUUGAAUGCAGCAUUUUUUAUUUCUUAAAUUGCAUCGAUUAUUCUAAAAAAUUUGUCCAUUGAUCAACAGUAACAUAGAGAAAUGCAAACACAAUUUUGUGAAUUCUCAGGGACUUAAAAAAAGACCUGAUCAGUUGCUGUUGCUAGAGAGUUGACAUAGAUAUAAAGGUCGGGGUUUUUAUUUUGGUAGUAGUGAUAAAAACAAUUAGGUUGUAUUACAUUCUUUUUUAUUCAUGACAUAAUUAGAAUAUAAUUGAUCCGUCAAACAUAAUAUUAUUGCUUCCUUUGUCAUUAUCAAGAAAACCCAACAUUCACAAAUUUUUUUUUGUCUAAAUUGUUAUGUGAAUAUAAUACAAGGUAAGAUAAACAUAUUAAAUUCAUUGAAACAAAAGUUAACAUUUCAUAUUUUUUUCACUUUCUUAAUUUUUUUCACUUUCUUAUCGACAAGAAACUUGUUAUGAUGUUCGGUUCUUGUACUUAUGAUAUUGUUAAUUUUGUGUUGAAUGAUUAGAAUGGAAGACAGUCAAGAUUAGGAGAAACAUGAGCAGAGAGUGUAUGCUGUGUACAGAUUACAAAAGGUGGAGCAAUGAAAUGUACAUGUAUGAAUGGGAGAAUGACAAAUAAAAAAAAUGUAUUUCUUUAUUUUUAUUUUGUCACAAUCAGAAGUGAAAGAUCAAAUUUUAUCACAAUAAUCAACAUGAACACUUUAACACAUGAAAGGAAACAACAUUAAACUAAGAUCUAAGCUUCCAAAUACUAGUACGUUCAACAAGAAUUCAUAUUUUGAUCCUAAACGAAUUUUGGAUUCAAAUUGCACUACUUGAAAUUUUGCUAGAUAUUCAUAUCAGAAUUAUAAGAAUAGUACAACCAACUACUCUCACUGCACAAAAUACAAGUUUUUAAAUUUUUUGGAAGUAUUCAAAAUUUAGUUUUAACAAGUGUUAUAUAAAACAGAUAAGGUGUUGAAACCAACAGAAUCCAUGAAGGACUCCGGUAAAUCUAAAAUAAUGUCACCUGAGAAAUAUCCAUUUGAAUCCUUAACAAAUUUUAAUAUAACGUAAAAUAACAAAAAUACUGAACUCCAAGGAAAAUUCAAAAUAAGCCAUUGAUGAAAAUAACAUUAUCUUGACAAGUUGCAAUAAAAAGUAGUUACUGUAAAAUCUCUACAGUUUAUGCUGUAAUGGAAUUUCAUAUUUUUUACUAUACAGCUACAUGCAAAUUUUUUUCUUUCUUUUGUGCUUUUAUAUGCAAGCAAUAAAAUGUAUAGUCCACAGUUUUAAGAUUUAAAGGAAAAAAACAUUAUUAGAAUGUUUUCUAUGAAAUAGGGUUCAGGGUUAAAUUAUUUACAAUUGAACGUCUAAACAGAUAUAGUUUUGAUAUUGAGUAUUCAAACAAGAUAGUGAUUUAAUGAUAUGCAUGGCUGUAGUGUGAGUGAUUUAAAAAAAAAAAUGAGUACAUUAGUACUUAAAAGUACUAUAAGUUGUACUAUUUCAACUUGCCUGGUACAUGAAAUAAAAUUGGUUAGUUCAAAUGUACAUAUUAACUGGAGUAUGUUGAGUGCAUGUUUCAGCUUGGCUAAUAUGAAGAAUAGUUUUACCUGUAAAAAUAUUUUUUUAAUUUUAAGGAAUUUGCAGACAUGUUUUAGAAUUGCUGAACAUUAUUUAAAAAUUUCUUUUAAAGUCAAUUUAUUUAUAUAACUAAUUUAUAGUAUAAAAUACAAAUUGAGCCUUUCAACAUUUACAUGGCUAAGUUCUUAUUACUGUAAAUUCAGAAAUUAUUGCAUGCAUUCAUUAUUGCAAUUUUUGAAGAAUGGACUAAAAUGCGAGAUAAAUUUUUGCAAUUUCAGGAAAAUCUGCAUACAGAUAUAAGUAUCAGAUAUCAGAAUGCGAGUUCUUAUUAUUGUGAUUUUCAUCCAUUUGCAUUGAUAAAAACCUCGCAAUAAUUUCUGAAUUUACAGUAUUCAUUCUGCUAACAAUAUAUGAGUUAGUAAAGAACAUUGGAGAUUCUAAAUAUAAUGACUACAUUUUUAGAUAUGCUGAUUUUGGUUGUAAGUGAAUGGAAGUGACGUUUACUACAGUGUACUAUGUUGGAUGGAAGAUUUAUUAAGUGUAUGCAUGUUUAUGGUUUGGUGUAAAAUGUGUGUAUCAAUGUGCUUUAUAUGUACAAUCUUGUGUAAUUUAGAUAUAAAUUCACUUUGGUAUGAAACCAUACCAAUAAAACAAAUCUAACCUUA